AUGGUUGACCCAGAAGUUCUACAGUUCCUGGACCUCGAGCCUCAAGAAGCCCUGAAACCUGAAGUGGAUAUGAGGGAUUCAGAGAUCCCAUCGCCGGACACUGUAUUCCGACGCAAUAUCCCGGCUCCAUCACAAAUGGGUCCGGUCUUGGGAAGGAGCUCGUAUAUUGACGAUAUCGCUCAUGGGGUGUCGACCUGGGACCAACUAGGUGAGAACCUGGACGCGUUGUUAUACAUACUACGAUAUUGGAACAUCUCUGUAAGCUUACCGAAAAGUGAAUUUGGAAAGUUGAACAUCCCAUUCCACUCUCAUGAAGUAAGUGAGGACGGAAUCAGGGCCUUGUCGAAGAUUGUCAAAGGCAUAGAGGAUUUACCUUUCCCGCCGACGUACAAGGGAGUGCAGUCCUUCUUAGGAAGUCUGAAUUAUUACAACAAGUUUAUUGAAGACUUACCAGUAGUUGCUGCUGUGCUCUACGAACGAGACGAAGAACGUGUACUCGCUGGACGGAACCUGGAUGCAGCGAAUGAAUACUUCGAGAUACUGAUACGUAAGAUCGUGUCGACCCCGCUGUUGCGUCAUCCAGGCAGAACGAAGCCUUUUGUGAUCAUCCCGCAUGCUAACCCGUGGGCGGCGUGUGCCGUCUUGGGUCAGGAGCAUGAAGGACUCAUACACUCAGUACGAUUUACUGGUAGAGUGUUGAAGGAAUCAGAGCUACGUUACCAUAUAGCUGAGAAGGAAGUGCUCGCAAUCUUGCGGACUCUGAAAAUUUUCAGACCUCUGAUCCAUGGAUCAGAAUUACCAGUUGCGGUGUAUACGCGCUACUCUGUCUUAAAGUGGUUAAUACAAUCCAACACCGCAGAUGGACGACAUCUGAAAUGGGGGCUGGAACUAUCAAGAUGGACACUGGAAGUCCAUCGGACUCAGAAAGAUGAGGACGGCCUUCCGGCCAUCCUUGGGUCCGAUAUUACUGCCAGGGAACAUUUAGAUAAAGAUGCAGAGACCCUGAUUCCCGCCAAGGGGCGUCUGAAAGUGAUGCCACUAGUGAGUCUGGACAUGUUAGACGCGAGUUACCAAGGCUACUUGCGGAUGCAUACUGUGGAAGCUGCCAGGGUGGCAAAAGGACACAUCCUAGAAGGUGUGACGGUCAACGAUGCUGAAUACCAUGAUAUGAUUCUGGGGAUAAAGCUCGCUAUGAAGUAUGAUGUCAAGGAGCUUGUGGCAGUUGGUGAUUCCCGAAUCGUCGUCCAACAGGCUAAGGGUCUGAUCAAUGGCAACCACUCUGCAAGGACGCUUGGCUGA